UUAAUCAAUCUUAAUACUUAUAGUAUAAGUAUGCUAAUGAAUUCAUUGCACUCGGAUGAUUCUGCUAUCUUAGCGAUUUACUUGUGCCACACUGUCCUAACAGUUGUUUGCUACAGAACAAACCCUGACCAGCGCAUGAAUAUUUCUGACCGAUUUUCAUGUUUUGUUUCGUUUUCGCGUUUUGUGCACACGUAUUUUUUUCUAUAGCCAAUGAUAAUUAAAGCGAGCCACAUUAAAAUGUGGCACUAUUGAAAAUAUAAUAUGAUUACACAAAAGAUGUGGUGCUUUGAGAAAAUCCAAAGGACUUACUAUCAGUACGUCAAAUCAUUACUACGUAAUCAAUACUAUGUAAACAACAACGUACCUUCGUCAGAACUCGCAUCCUCGCUAUGCUGGCGAUGGUUUAAAAGAGAUCGAUUACAUAUAUUACUGAGCGGAUGUACUUUUGAAAAAUCGUGCACGGAUCCUUGCAUUCAUCGACUGUACACCGUUAAAACUAUUAAAAACAACGACAGCGAUAUGGCAAAGUGUAUUGAUGGAAAACAAAUAGCAGCAGAUAUUCGUAACGAAUUGAGACAACAGGUCAGCAGUUGGAUAGCACAAGGAAAUCGUUCUCCUCAAUUGACGGCAAUAUUGAUAGGUGACGAUCCAGCUAGCGCUACAUACGUAAAUAAUAAAAUGAAGGCUGCAGAAGAUGUUGGCAUCAAAAGUGUCACGGAAACAUAUGGGAACGAAAUCACGGAGGAAGAGUUGAUCAAUCGUAUUUACCAAUUGAAUGAAGAUGAUGCUGUUGAUGGUAUUCUAGUACAGUUGCCUAUACCUGGCCAUAUCAACGAACGUAAAGUAUGCAACUCGGUUUCAUGCGACAAAGAUGUCGAUGGUUUUAAUGAACGUAAUGUUGGACGCCUGUGCCUUGACAUGAACACAUUGAUACCAUGCACACCGCUAGGAGUGCAAGAGCUUUUAAAAAGAGCAAAUAUUGAAACUUUUGGAAAGAAUGCGGUAGUGGUGGGCCGAUCGAAAAAUGUUGGAAUGCCUAUUGCUAUGCUGCUACAUGCUGAUGGACGUAAUGACACGUGUGCAAUGGAUGCAACGGUUACGAUAUGCCAUCGGUUCACUCCUCCAGAUGAGUUGAAACGAUUCUGCCGCAGUGCUGAUAUUAUAGUUACCGCUACUGGCGUUCCUGGUCUAAUUAAGGCGGAUAUGGUAAAAAAGGGAGCUACUAUCAUUGACGUAGGAAUCACAAAAGUGAUAAAUCCUGCUACUGGAAAAACGAAACUGGUUGGUGAUGUGGAUUUCGAAGAAGUAUGCAAGGUCGCGGGAUAUAUCACACCAGUUCCAGGAGGUGUUGGUCCCAUGACGGUGGCAAUGUUGAUGAAAAAUACCUUCAUUGCGGCAAUGAAUUUAGCGAAAACGAGAAUUCUUAACUGAAACCUGUUUGUAGCUAUUAGAGCUGGGUUGGCUCCACUUUGUGAACCGUUGGUAAAAAAUGUACCAACAGUAUACAGUGAUGUAUGCAACAACUGUUACUAAGUAACUCUAGUACGCACAACUAAUGUUCUAACUGAUCAAUAUUGUUGUACAGUAUUUUGCCCGAAAAAUCCUUAUCAAUCGCAUUAUGGAAAUAAAAAAAAUUAACUGUAAA